AUGUCUGAAGAGUGCUUCCCGCUCUCGAGCGUUUUGCCAUACAUGGAGGGAUCCAAAAUAGAGGAGAUAGAUCUUGGUUAUCUUCUCAGUACGCUGGCGCGACCUUCGACGAUCUCGAAUGCAUCCAAAACAGAUCUCAACCAUUUAUGUGCCAGAGUCAAUAACUAUCUAAGCUCCAACAAUGCCAAGCAUCGCUGGCUAGGCUCAAAAAUGGCGAUUGUCCUCAAUACACAUAUCGAGAUUACAGCUUCUGAGUACACAUCCAAGUAUCUGGGAGCUUUGAUCAGAGUUCUCGAAUCCAAAUGCUUCGUCAAAGACGAGGCCUCAGCUCCCGUCUAUGCAAUUGUGACACUAGAAAGCUGCUGUGACGCCCUAUCAUUCAUAAUAAACAAUAUCAGAGGCAAGCACGCACUGACUCGGGAAAUGCUGACCCCCAAAUUGCCUUCGAUCAUCGGAUCUCUGCUUGAGAUCAUCAACUUGGUUCCGCAGAAAGCUAUUGAUCUUCUCUACGAUUUGUUGAAAAACAACUCCACGACCUUCCGUCCCUUUGGCUCAAAGUUUGAAAGAGCCCUUUUGGGGCUUUUGGGAUCCGAUGGCUUCAACAAAUUUGAACAACGGCUACAACAUAAAAUCCUCAAAUCUCUCGUACUUCUUUCAUUCAGUUUAACCAAGAAUAGUACUAGUGAAUUGUGGAGAACCAAGUUCAACCACUACGUUCAAGAAACGAAAUCCGUCAUUCAGAUCUACUCCGAGUUCAUGAGCCUCGAUGAAGAUGAAGAUUUGACGCAACAGCUCAACGCUCUUCCUAGCGUACCAGAAAAAUUCGAGCCACACUUCCCUCCAUUGGACGUUGACCUCAACGAAAGCCCAUUGCAGAUUAUGAAGAUAGUUUCUCGAGUCGACUUGCUGGUGAAUUUGCUGAUCGAGUUUCUGCAAGUGCCCACUCCUCAGGUCAAGGCACCAGUCGGCUAUCUGUUGAUGAUUGGCCAGAUUCUUGUUGGCAUCAACCACAAAUUCACUCCUAUAAAAAGAGAUAUUAGAGACGUGACCUUGCGCCAAAUUAUAGCACAGUCAGCCACGCUGAUGAACCAUGUCGGCCUGAAGAUUCUAAAUGUGUUGCCUAAUAUUUUUGGCGGAGACCUACUCCCGCAUCUUAAUUCCGUUCUUUCCUCGGUGGAUACACUAAUUCCGGUUAGCAGAGUCAACGGCAGAAUCAUAGUUGAUGAGGUGGGUGUUUUAGAUAAUCCGGAGCUGAUUUUUGCUGGUCUGAAAACCCGUAUCAACUUUCUGGAGCUUGUAGAAGGAUUCGCAAACAUGAGUCUUUUGCACAAAUCCAUAGACGCAGCAUUGAUACUCUCGAAACCACGGAUCCCUCAGGGGGUCGCUAAGACCAGCGAACAGAGGCUGAAAAAUGUGUCCAUGUCGGACCUUCUUUCUGAUCAAAAAACUUUCAUAACGGAAGCUACGCAUGAACAGAAAAAUGUGCUGAGACAAUAUUUCAAAGUUUUGCUCACCAAAUGCGUUCUGAAUUACUCAAAGCAGUCUGAGAUUCUCCGUCUGAUCAUCUUGGAUGCUGUCAAAGGUGCUGAGGUGAAGGAACUGCUUUAUGCUGCACUGCUGUACCCUCACAAAGAGGCCCACGCUAGUGUGCUACCAAUGGUGAAGCAGCUGCUAAAUGAUGAUGAACUGGUUAGCGUCUUCUUGAAUCCAAGACUUCCGGUGCUCCCUACCAAAAGAGUUGUUGAUCAAGCAUUAAUGGAAGAAAGCGAGCAAGAAAGAGAAGAGGAAGAGGAAGAGAGACGAGUCAAGAAGAUGAAGAUAGAAGAAAUGGAGACUACUGAGGCACCGGCAGAGGAUAAUAGAAAAGAGGACAUGAGAGAAGAGAGAAAGGAAACGUUGGAGGCGAAUUCAAAUGGGGACGUUUCAGAUUACGAGAGCAUGAUCUUCAAGCCUGUUGGACCGCUUGUGGAAAAUCAGGUUGCACAACCUUCGGUCGAAAAUGAGAAGCUUGUCGAAGCUGAACAAGCACCGUCAACACAAUCACCACCAGGUUCUCCUUCAGAUGCUGAAUCCGAUUUUGAGAUCCCGGAGAUCGAUAUCGACGAUGACUAA